UACAUAAGAACAGACAGGCUGCUCGGUCCUAUCUCUUUAAAUGAGACAGAGCUGCUCCGCUCUGCGCGUGUGUGUGUGUUUGCGUGUGUGUGGAGGAGACAUUACGAGGAAGAGAGGGCCACUGUGUUGUGGAGGAGGAACAGGCGAUCGGAAACACAAACCAGAGGAUAUUUCGCUUAGAUUUCAGCGUUUUUCUGCAGAGGAUGCUGAGCGUUGCUUCUCUCUGCGGCUGAUUCGGAUUCUGGACCCGGGGAAGCUUCGCGUGUCUGCGGGCUGGGUGGGCGCAUCCCUCGCCUCCCGAUAGGACACAACGGGCAGGGCUCUGAUCAUUAUUUAUUUCGUUCUCUCCGCGUCGCAACGUCGGGAGGAAGGUGACCGAGAGGCAGCGAUCACAGCCGGGCUGAUCAUGGAUUAAUGUCCGAGAGGAUUUUCAUCUGAGAGGUUCCCAAUGUUGAACAUGUCCUCCCCCAGCGAGCUGAAGUCUCCCUGCGUGACUCGCAACGGCAUGGUGAAGCUUCCCCCCAGCCAGCCCAACGGCCUGGGCAGCGCGAGUAUCACCAAGGGGACGCCUGCUGCCAAGAACCGCCUGUGCCAGUCCUCCUCGGUGCCCUCCAUCCUGCCACCCCCGCCCUCCUCCCUGCCCUACCACCACCACCACCACCACCACCUCGACGGCCCCGUCAUGCCCAACCCAGCCACCUCUCUGCUGGACAUGGAGCCCGGGAAGCCUCUGGUGGGCCUGAAGCCGUCCCUCCGUCAGCUCCCCCCACUCACCCUCCCCAAGCCCCUGCUGCUGGAGCGCCAGCUGGUGCUGGACGAGAAGCUGCUGAACCGGCUGCUCUGGUACUUCACCACGGCCGAGAAAUGUGUGCUGGCGCAGGUUUGCAAGACAUGGCGCAAGGUGCUGUACCAGCCCAAGUUCUGGGAGGGGGUGACACCCAUCCUGCAUGCUAAGGAGCUUUACACCCUGCUGCCCAGCGGGGAGAAGGAGUUUGUCAGUCUGCAGGCCUUCGCUCUGCGGGGCUUCCAGUCUUUCUGCCUGGUGGGCGUCUCAGACCUGGACAUUUGUGAGUUCAUCGACAACUACCCGCUGUCCAAGAAGGGGGUCCGCUCAGUCAGCCUCAAGAGGUCCACCAUCACAGACGCCGGUUUAGAGGUGAUGUUGGAGCAGAUGCAGGGCCUGAUGCACCUGGAGCUGUCGGGCUGCAACGACUUCACGGAGGCCGGGCUGUGGUCCAGUCUGAACGCCCGACUCACCUCGCUCAGCGUCAGCGACUGCAUCAACGUGGCGGACGACGCCAUCGCUGCUAUCUCUCAGCUCCUGCCCAACCUUUCCGAGCUCAGCCUACAGGCCUACCACGUCACUGACACGGCCAUGGCCUACUUCACCGCCAAACAGGGCUACACCACCCACACUCUGCGGCUUCACUCCUGCUGGGAGAUCACCAAUCACGGGGUGGUGAACAUGGUGCACAGCCUGCCCAACCUGACGGCCCUCAGCCUCUCCGGCUGCUCCAAGAUCACAGACGACGGCGUGGAGCUGGUGGCCGAGAACCUGCGCAAGCUUCGCAGCCUGGACCUGUCCUGGUGCCCCCGGAUCACCGACAUGGCCCUGGAGUACAUCGCCUGUGACCUGCACAAACUGGAGGAGCUGGUGCUGGACAGGUGUGUGCGGAUCACAGACACUGGGCUGGGCUACCUGUCCACCAUGUCAUCAUUAAGGAGCCUCUAUCUGCGCUGGUGCUGUCAGGUGCAAGAUUUCGGUCUGCAGCAUUUGUUUGGAAUGAGGAGUCUUCGCCUUCUGUCUCUUGCAGGCUGCCCCCUGCUGACCACCACUGGCCUGUCGGGCCUGAUCCAGCUGCAGGACAUGGAGGAGCUGGAGCUCACUAACUGCCCCGGAGCCACGGCCGAGCUGUUCAAAUAUUACUCCCAGCACCUGCCCCACUGCAUGGUCAUCGAGUAAGACCGACCGCCAUACUCCUACCUUCCUCCUCCUUACUCUUCAUCACUCUUUCAGUGCAGGAGACAGUACCGUUCCUCAUUUCCUGCCCCCCCUUCCUCGCCCCGUCUUCCUCCUCCACCCCCCCAUUGAGUAGACUGGCCCACAGGCGGACAGAGAGGCAGGUGCGAUGGAACAUGCCGGAGCCGGAGGGCGACGGGAGCUUCAUUUGUGAAUAAGCUGGAGCGGAGACGUCUUGUCUGACAGCAAGUUUCUUUUUUCAGAAUCAACUUAGGGUUUUCGUUUAUGGAGGAGAGCUUCUCUAAAGACUUUGAUGAUUUUUUUUUUAAAAGCUGAAUGGACAUAUCCAGAAGCAGCAGAGAGGAAAAGGGAAAUACAGACUCUAGUGUUUGAGCUGGUGGAACUCAUACACUGUAAACACACUCACACACAUACUGUAUAUGGUAAGUGAAGCUCAAGACCAUGACGUUUCGAUUUUCAUCACUCUGUGUAAUAUAUCUGCUGUUAUUAUUUUUUCUGAGAAGGUCUUGAAGGUUCAGGGUUCUCUUGUUUAGAGAGAGAUCCAUACGCCAGCUGGAAAAACAGGAAACAGAGAACUAAAGAACAGGAAGUGAACGACAGGGAUGGAACUCUCUCUUUUUCUCCCUUCCUGUGUGUGAAGUGUGUUUCAUGGACUCACAGGAUCCUGUCUUUUUGGGAUACCACCCACCUUUUUCCAUUUCUGUGUCUUAUCAGAAAAAAAGGGGACAAUUUGAAAAACAACAGUUUACAUUUCUUUGUGUUGGCGUUGAUUGGCUCAUCGUUUCUCCCUGCAUUUUUUUGUACUCAUAUGAUUUGAUUUACAGAUCUGGAGGAUGGGCUGUAAACUGUGAACGUUGUGUUUUUAAACAGAAAGGGAGUUCAGACAGUCCGAUGAAAGGCAGACUGUAAUGCUUCAGAGUCUGCUGAAGGUACCACGCUUUCCAAAAUUAAUCAUAUAUUGAAAACAAAUUGACAGAUGGCUUGAUAUUUCUGGAUUCAGACUAAUAAAUAACUUCAUUUGGAAGGGGGUGGGGGGGUAAUUUUGUCCAAAUUAGAGGAGAUCUGAUUUUGUAAUUAACCUCUAUGCUGAUGAUAUUUAUUGUUUGAGCGUAUGUACUUUCAGGCUGCUAAUGCAUUGUGUGCCCCCCCCCCCCUUAGCUAAGGCCAGGUUACUUCACAGGUAAAAAGGGAGGCUUUCAGUAUUCAACAUUAAAGACGUGCUACGUUACAGAUCAGGAGUUGAGAGUCCUUUUAAGCGAUUAAUGCAAGUACACAUUUUCCUACGAGCCCAGAGUCAGAGAAACUUAUGAUUGCUCUUUUAUGUUCAUGUUUUGAAAUUGUGUUUCACUCAAUGCAUUGAAAUCAGCGGAAUCACACAACAGCUUUUCUCAGAACUCAGCACUAAAAUCACUAAACGUUUGAGCAGUAAUAUACAUUUACAUUAGAAUGUUACUUAUGCCACUAUAAACUCAGUCAUAAACAUAACAAUACAUUAUUUCAUACCAACGCAAUAUCCAAUAACCAGAUGGAAUAAAUACAGGUCCCUAUACUAUGAAGUAAUAACCCCCUAGACUUGGUAACAUUCUGCCUCAUUUGGUCAUUAAUAGCUUCAAUGCAAAAUGUAGUAAAAUCUCCCAACAAAAAAUCGAAUUUAAUUUAUUUUAAAAAUGUUAAUACUAUUUGCUUUUUAGGUUGUUUACAAAAACUUGGGGCAGAUUUUCACAAAAUUCGGUUGUGAUAACAGAAUGAGCCCCAAAAAAACAAAAUAGGUUAAAAGAUAAUAGAGCCUGUUGUUCAGGAGAAUGCUUUUAUUCAUUUUAAACCAGUUUUAAAACACAUCUUAUUUGUUGACUGGGAUAUAUUAAUGUAAUGAUAUUUGUGGAAAGAUAUGUUUUCAUGUUGCAGUAGCCUUUACGAUGUGCUUAGUCUUCUUACUAAUGGGGGAGUUGGCAGGAAACCAGCCUUUCCAACAGCACCACAGAUACAUGUUGAGCACAUAGUGUUUUCAAACCUGAGCUUAAAUGUAGAUGGGGACUAAUGCAGCAUGUACCAUCUCUCACCUGAAUCUAAAGGACCAUUUUAAAUGAUGGACCUUCUGUUGGGGAAACACAGUGAAGAAGGAAGUUACUUGAAAAGUUCAACUGUGUGUCUUUUUGCAGCUAUAACUGGUUGGUUUUAUUAGUAAUAAUGACACUGCAACCCAAAAGCUACAAACACAAAGUGAAGAGACGUUGAUCGGAUGAUCGGAGUAAUCUGGAAGAAAAGUCAUUAUUUUAAUUAAAUAAAUGUUUCCUCAGACCUUAGAUUACACCGCUAUAAACAGAGCUAAGCCAGACACAGCUCUGUAUUCAACUUUGUACUGCUAAACUGAUACAAAACGAAACGAAACUGAAAGUGUGUCUGACUCUGGGUGAGUGGGCAAAGUUAAAGUUACGGAAGAGGAUUAGUGCCACAGGGGAAAAAUUGAAGUUAGUAUUUUUUUUCUAUGAAAGUUUUGACUUUAUUCACAGAAUCCUGAAUAAAGCCAAAAUUAUUACAAAACGUCAAAUCUUUUGAGUUCUGUCCGAAAUUUAAUUCUCGAAGUUUAAAAAUGGUUGUUUUGGUCGGAACUAAAUACAUUCUUCAAAUACAUUCUUCAUUUGGCACUUAUCGUCUUCCGUAAACCAAAGUAUUUAUUUAACAUUGAAUAAGUUAUUUAAGAUAAAAAGGAAAAACAGAUCAUUUUAAAGCCAGUAGUCGUGUUUCUUUCUCCCGUUCACCUACAUUAAAGGUAAUGAUUGAGCCCACAGUGUGCCGCUGGGCUGCUGUUUGCCUCAUGUGUCCUGAGAUGUGCUGACGCCAACAGGAGGACGGAUCAGUGUUACAGUGUUAGGUUGUGCCAAAUGCAUCUGCAGCAGCACAUCAAAUGUGUCUGCUGGUCCCCGCUCACCACUGACUGAGUGUUCUGAACGGACUGGCCGACCACGCAUGUUUAGGUCGGUCUGCGUUGUGUUUCCAGAAGGCUCGUUUUACAGGUUCUUCUGAAUCUCUUCAUUGUACAUAAGUAUAUUUAUUUAUUUAUCUAUUUAUUUAAAUUAAUUUGUGUCUUAUUUACGUGAUUUAUUUAUUGAAGAGACAUUCUCCAAAAGGAUUUUGUUUUAUGGAACUUGCUUCAAAUUUGGGACUGAAUUAGCUUCUGCAUUGGUUUCUAUUAUUUGUAUUAUUAUUUUCUGACAUUUCAGACCCCUGAGUGAAAUAAUCUACUUCUUACACAUUUAACUCGUUUAGACACCAGUGACCAUUGUCAUCAUUAACACUGACUUAAAGUUUUUAAAUUGUCAAUAUUGCGCAAGAAUAUAUUUUCCUCUGUGCAAGUGUGUCUCGACUUUGUAUUGCUGUUGGGUCCAUUGUUAGGAAAAGGGGGGCAAACAGUGGUGACAAGAUAUAUUUACUGUCAUUGUCCUGAAUGUGGAAAUACAGAGUAUGAUAUACAUAAAAACAUUUGCAGUCCGACCUCUGUCAUUGGUAAUGUUUACACUGUCUAUUGAGAUGACACACACCUCUGAAGAUAAGGAUUCUAUGGAAGCUCAUUUCUGACAAGACUAAAAGGAAAAACAAAUUAUUAAAGAAAUAUAAAAAAAUUGCUAGCAAUUUUGUAAUUACCUCAACUAUACCGCCAAGCAAAUCCCAGUUAUCAUUAUUUAGUGCAUCCCUAAAGCUGCUCUUUGCUUUUGGCAAAUUUGGGCGCUGAGCCUCGCGGGGAAAACAGCCGGUUACUUUAGUUUCUAUGGUUAGCUCCCCUGCUAGCUUGGGCUGCUAAAAACAGACGUCAUCUGAUUGGUUGCACUUCUAAAUGGCAACGUAAAGCCGUAUUACUGCUUGUCAUGUGAAUGCUGCUUAACCUUAACCCUAGAAUUCUGCCCAAGUUUGGUUUUUGGAGACUUAAAGGCCAUAUAAGACAAAAAAAAGACAAUUCUUGUUGUUUACCAGUGCAAAACUCUUCUAAUUUAAUAUGAAUAUUACAGAGAUGUCAAUAAUUGGCCCAGGCCCGACUCUCUGUUCCUUCUCUCUUAAUCUCGGACUCAAAUUUUGAUUAUUGGUCCCUUCCACAAUUUAAUGAGCUUCCAAAGGAUUCAGAUGUAUGUUUACAUAUCAUGAACUCUGACAGGCACUUCUCAGCUACCAACGACUAACGACAACCUUUCUAAGGUACAUUUUCUAAAGGUGAAUUCACUUUUUGCUGUCUGCAGUCUUUGGUCUACAUCUGUCACCUUUUUGUUACAACCCUUGUACAGCACAACUUUAAAUAAGCAGUAAAAUAAAUACUGACAGUUUACUGAUAAUGUUCAAAUUGGAAACACUUGUGUUCUCUUUCAGUUUCAGUGUGUUAAGCCAACCUGUGCCUGUACACAUCUUAUUUUGACUGAAGACAAACUUUGCACUAAUGACCAGUGGCUUCUGUGCUUAUAUGUCCUAGUCCAUUAAAAAAAUUAACAUCACAUCAACUUGUCUGCAGACAGGAAGUCAUGAAAGAGCCUGAUGUAGUCAAAGUGCUUUGGAUUUCUGCUAUCGACUGAGAACUGAUGGAGUUAAGCUGUGCUGUCACAUGUGCAUAUGUUCAGUAUUUUUAAUGGAAAGAUCAAAUUUUGCAAAAAAAGGAUGGAUCAACUCACAAUAUGUAUUAUUGGUUU